AAUUAGGAAACGAAGUCUGACAGCACGUCUGACAGAUUCAGCCGUUAGUUGUUUUGAGCAUUUUCAAUUUGGAUUUUGAGUGUCGCAUACAAAAAACAAAAUAAAAAAUCCCUUGAAGUAAUUAUUUUAGUUGGUUUAAUGUAUUUUAUGUAGAAUUUCCUAUAGAAAAUGUUGAAGUUUUCUGUGUCCGUUUGAUUUUAAUAGUUUAAUAUAAUAAAUAAGUAGCUAUGGGGAGUAAUACAAGUAAAUCAAGUACAGAGACAGCUGCUGUUUCCCAAAACAACGAAUUGGACGACAGCAGCAAUUCGGAUCCUCGUUCUCCAACGCCUGAAAUAACUCGGACUCCACUGCAGAAUAAGAAUGGUGGAAAGCACAACAUAACUAAGAAUGUUGACCUGAGAAAGACAUUUGAAUGUGGUAAAACAGAAGGAAAACUUAUUCAUAAUAAUCCAAUUCUAUCAGCCGUAAUAAAAAAUCAUUUGCAGUCCUACGACCCGCGCUCUCCCACACAGGACUUUGAAAGAACUCCAAUAGUCAUAUCAAAUAACAUUAAUGCAGACACUGAAAAAAUGCUUGAUAAACUUGAGACCAACUGUGGUAGUCCUAGUCUAAAUAAUGAUACUGUUGAAAAUAAUAACUAUGACUCAUCUUUUGAAGUAGACAGACAAGUAAGUCCGGAUUUAGUCAUUCCUAUAAAUUUGUUUAAUAAAUUCAUUGACUUGAGUCUUAAUGAUACACUAAAUGAAACUGAUGAGCCUUUAGGAUCAUCAACUGCUUCAAAAGAAGUUAUUGAAAAUGAAAUAUCUACAACAAACUCCAAGCCUACUGAAUUGUUAGAAACUAAUUUUGACUGUGUGGAAUCUGAAAAUAAGAUGAUAGAGGAAGGUAAUGAAGUUAUUGAAACUUCAGACUGUGUAGAAAUUUCAGAUAAUGAAGGCAAAAUUAUUCCAUUAUUUAAAAUCCUUCCAGAAGAUCCCAGGUCUCCAUCCAUAGGUAUAGAAAGGACUCCAAUUGUGGUUGCUAAAAUUGAGGAGGAUGUUGUUGAUGGUAAUGUUGAACAAAUGUCAGAUGAUUCAUUGAUCAAAGCUUUACAAAAUACAAAUACUGAGCUCCGUCAAAACAAUGUAUUAGACAAGAACUCUGAUGGUAUUCUUAUUUAUGAGGAUGAAACAAACACUCUAAAUGAUACACCUAAAAAAUGUAAAUCAGUAAGCAGUGGUGGAUCCAGAACACCAUUAUCAUGUAUGAAAAAUAAAACCGAUGCAGCUCAUCCUAGAUCAAAAUCUACAAAUACAUUGUAUGAUGCUAAAAAUAAGACUAAGUUACAGAAAAGAGUUUCUCACAUUCCAAGAUUGAAGUCUUUGAUCAAGCAACCUACAUAUGGGCACACAGGAAGCAGUAUAUCAUUGAAGAAUGUAACAAAAUCCUCAGCAAUUAGUGGCGAUUGUGAAAACACUCCACCUCACUCACAUCGCGACAUAUGGGACAAGGAUAACAGCAUUGUCCUCUAAAAUGUUUUUCUAGUACCAUAUACUUUUUGAGAUAAUCUUUAGUCAUUUACAAAUUGAUUGUUCUUCUGUAUAAAUUAUAAUCAUUUGUCUUUUAGAAGAAUUCUCUUUUUUAAAAUGUAAAUGGCUAAUAAUGGUGAUUUUAUAGUUAUCACCAUAGACCUAAUGUUUAAAAUAAUAGCACAUAAAUGCAUACUAGUAACUAUGUUAUUAAUUAUAAAUAUAACAUAACAUGCAAUAUUGGGUUUGAUAAAAGUUGAAGUAAAUUUUGUAAACCUUAUUUACCUAAUAAUAAUUUAAUUUAGUGCAAACUACUAACAUCAAGACUUUCAGCUGUUUUAGUUGUAAUGCUAUUCACAAUAAAUAUUGUACC